GUGUUUUGUUUUGAAAAUUAAAAGAUCCUCUCAGCCACGCCGACCCUGUUUCCUUCCUUCCUUUCUAUUUGAACCGCGUUACACUGGUGCCGAAACCCGGGAAGGAAGGAGAACGCCGCCGACAUGCAAACUCCGCCAACCACGCCGUUUGCAGACGUCAUCCAGGCGCUCGCGGGACUCCAUCAAGAGCACCAUCAGGCGCUGCUGGACCUACAAAAAGAGCAGGAGAAGAGGUUCCAGCUGCUCCUCCAGGCCCAGACGGAUGACCGCGAGCUGUUCCGGGGCUGGAUUACACACCAAGGGCAUUCCGAGGGGGCACCAUCGGCCGUCGGCCCGUCUGCCCCACUGCUGUUGCAUAAGAUGGGGCCGCAGGAUGACCCAGAGGCCUUCCUGGAGCUCUUCGAGAGGUCCGCGGAGGUAUCUGGCUGGCUCCGGGACAGCUGGGCCGCCCGGCUUAUUCCGCUGUUAUCGGGGGAGGCCCAGCUCGCGGCCCAACAGCUGCCGGUGCAGAACCUCCGGAGCUACGCGGACCUCCGGAAGGCCAUCCUCCAGCGGGUGGGACUGACCCAGGAGCAGCAGCGCCAGCGCUUCCGGUCGCUGGAGCUUGGGGACGGCGGCCAGCCCUUCGUGUUUGCCCAACGGCUCCGGGACGCCUGCCGCAAAUGGCUGCUGGACAACGACGGCGAUGUCGACACGAUCGUGGAGCGGGUGGUUCUGGAGCAGUUCGUGGGACGGCUGCCCACGGAGACGGCUCAGUGGGUACAGUGCCACCGGCCGGCAUCGCUGUCCCAGGCCGUCCAGUUGGCGGAUGACCACAUGGCGGCGUGCCGUGGGGUCGGCGAACCUCAAAACUCUCCUCUUUCUUUUUUUCCUGUACCUAGGUCCCGUCCGGUACCGCAGGCAGCGGCUCAGGCCCGAGGCGGCCCGGGAUCCAGGUUCCUGCCGAAUGUUAAAGCCACCCUCCGGCGUGGCGAGGCUUCCGGGACGUCAACUUCCUCUCCCUUCAUACCUGCCUCUUCUCGCCAAUCCCUUGGCCUGCUUCCUGCCACUGGGGCGGCGGGUAGGCCUGGGCCGGCCUGUUGGCGGUGUGGGGAUCCGGGGCACCUCAUCAAGAGGUGUCCGGUUAUGGAGGUUGGUGCGGUGAUCCGGAUCCCCGACGCCCCGCGGGCUGCCCUCGAUCAAGCUGGCCUGUACCAAAUACCUUGAUUGGCGAGAAGAGGAUAAAAACCAGCACAAGAGGAGAGUUUGGG